AUGGCCACCGCCCAUCCAGCCGAGAAAUCGCCGUCCAAGCCAACAAACUUCCGCGUCGGCGCCCUCGUGCUCGACGUCGACACCAACACCAUUCUGGCGACGGGAUAUACGCUCGAACUUGAGGGCAACAUACACGCCGAGCAGUGCUGCUUCAUGAAGCUCGCCAAGGAACACAAUGUCGCCGAGGACCAGCUAGGCCCCCUACUGCCUAAGAACAGCGUCCUCUACACCACUAUGGAGCCCUGCAACAAACGACUUAGCGGGAACCUGCCAUGUACUGAGCGGAUUCUGAACCUCAAAGGCGUAAUCAAGACUGUCUAUGUUAGUGUUCUCGAACCAGAGAAGUUUGUUAGGCAGAACGAGGGCAGGAAAAAGCUAGAGGAUGUAGGCAUCAAGGUCGAGCUCGUGGGGGGCUUGGAGGACCGCAUCCUCGCGGUGGCAACGGCGGGGCACGAACAGAAGGGGGAGGUUUGA